AUGGGCAUGAUGAGGACAUCGUCGUUGACCAACUUGUGGUUAUGUUACGGCUGUUACUUGGGUAAGACAGCGUUGGGCUGCACGUGGGCGAAUGAGGUGAACGAUGGGAACGUGGAAGAGCGUGCCUUGACUAUCUCCAGCAUGAAUGGACUAUUCUACGCGACCAACUCUUUCUUGCCUAUUCUCACCUUCCCGCAGACCAUGGCACCCACCUUCGAGCGAGACUUCCCCUCUAUCCUAUCAUUCGCGCGCGCGGCCGUGAUUAUAGUCCUCAUUGCGGAUUUCUUGCACAAGCGUCAGCUGCAACAAGAAGCUCAGGCUGCUGGCGAACAGCCUGCUUCCGAAACUGUUGUGGAGGGAGAAGUAGACAAGAAGGAGAAGAAAAUGGAGGAAAGACUUUCUGGGGCUAUCGAGCCAGUUAGGAACUCUUCCAGUAUCAUUUGA